UCCAACUCUUUCAAUUGAAUAUUUCUACAAUCACCUCGCAAUGAUUUAAAACUAAUCUAGGAUGACUGCCAGACCAUUGCUCAAGUUGUUGUAUCCGCGGACGCACAGGGACCUGUCCUUCGUGACGAAGGAUGCCUACAUAUUAUUUUACUCCACAGGGAGGAACCUGACUGGACUCUCACGGACACCAAGCCGCGCCUCGGGCUGGUCUACAUGCACAUAUAGCACCAAGGCUGGUGCACCCACAGAAGAAAGUAAUGGAGCCUUAAUUGGCAAAAAAAGCGAUGAUUUUCAGCAGCGCCUGAAGGAGCUCCAAAAUGCACAUGCCCUAAAAUACCCACGAAUCCAGCCAGAUAGAAAUGCAGUUAGUUGUGCAGAGUUUAAGAAACGAUAUGCCGUGCUGAAUCCCGAAGAAUCAAGAGAUAGUGACAAUGUGACCCUUCGCGGGAGGUUAUACUCCUCGCGAAUUGCGGGCACCAAGCUCGCAUUCCUCGAUGUUGUCCAGGACGGGAACCGAGUCCAAGGGUUGGUGAAUCUGCGUCGUCUUCAGACUGAGGAUGACGUCCAGGCAGAGCAGUUUAAGGACUUCUACCACCUUGCCAGACGAGGAGAUAUAGUUGAGAUAACAGGUGUGCCCACUCGCACCAAGAGAGGUGAACUAUCUAUCAAUGCCACGAAACUCCCCGUCAUCCUCACACCUGCUCUGGCCAGCUUACCAAGCACCCUCGACGACCCGGAAACACGCAUCAGGAAUAGGCACGCAGAUAUUCUGGUCAACCAGAAAGUUGCGGAUACAUUAAAACUCCGCUCCCACAUCGUUCAGUAUCUGCGCAAUUUCCUCAUAUCAGACGAUUUCCUCGAGGUCCAGACACCAAUCAUUGCCGAAGAUGCUGGCGGAGCAAUUGCACGCCCUUUCAACACGGUAGCCACGGAAUUCUCAACAAAGACCCUCUCACUUCGAAUUGCGCCUGAGAUAUGGCUCAAGAGGCUGAUACUGGGUGGAAUGGACCGCGUGUUUGAGAUUGGCCCUGCCUUCCGAAACGAAGGUCUCGAUGCAACGCACAACCCUGAGUUCACAACCUGUGAAUUCUACAAGUCUUUUGCCGAUCUGGUGGAGCUUAUCAAAAUGACCGAGGACCUGUUUUCGGGGCUUGCCAGCCACGUGAAUGAACUCAUAUCGUCAAAACUCACCUCAUUGGACCCGCUGAACACGAACUUGUUCACAACCCCGUUUCAACGGAUCGAGUUCAUCCCUGACUUGGAGCAGCGAAUCGGACGCAAACUCCCAGACCUCGAAGCCGACAAUGCAGCAGAAUCAGUUGCCUCCCUAUUUUCCGAACUUUCCCAACCUCUCCCCUUAUCUCCCACCCUCCCCCGAAUGCUCGACAAGCUCGCAUCUAUAUACCUCGAGCCCUCCUGCGACUCCCCGACGUUUAUAAUACACCACCCCGCAUGCAUGGCGCCCCUCGCAAAGUCCUUCCGCGACCCAUCCACCAACCAGCUCGUAUCCGCUCGCGUCGAGCUGUUCGUGCAACACAAGGAGUUGGCCAACAUGUAUGAGGAGGAGAACUCGCCGUUCGAACAGCGCCGGAAGUUUGUUCAGCAGGUGCAGUGGAAGGAUGAGGAGAAUGAGGCUGUUAUCGAUGAGAGUUAUUUGGAGGCGCUGGAGUGGGGGUUGCCGCCUACGGGUGGGUGGGGUUGCGGGAUUGAUAGAUUGUGUAUGUUGAUGUCGGGAGCGACGCGUAUUAGCGAUGUUCUUGCGUUUGGGAGCCUGAAGAAUGUUGUGGGUCUUGGGAAGGAUUCAUACAAGAGCUGAUUUGGGAUAUCCUGUGUAGAUUACUGUAACAAUAUGUAUAUGUAGAACAAGUUAAUGGAUAUUAUACAAUUCAAAGAUCCCUAAUGGUGCAAGUGCCCACGCAUAGUAACUAAAACGCCCAUGAAAUCUAAUAACUUCCAUGUCAUCCGAUUUAAACUGCACGAGCUGAAGACAUGCGUCAUAUGUGGCGACCUUUCCCUUAUCCAGGAGCCACUUCAUAUAAAAACUGAUGUGCCGCAAAUCAUUGGUAAAUGGAACCUAUGAGUUCCUCCCGCCUUUACUUAUCAUUUCCAGCAUCAGUAGCACCGGCCAUAUCUUCGUCACCAUCGUUUUCAUCCUUGGCCCUCUUACUACUAGUCUGAAUCUCUUCAUCGGCCUCCCUCUUUGGGGUUGAAGGCUUCUCUUCAGUUUCCUCGCCCUCAAAGGCUUCAACUUUCCUCCCAACCGCAGCUUCAACAUCGAUGCCCUGUAUGCCAUGUCGCAGAUUAUUCCCCGGACCUUGAGGUCCCAUGUCCUCCAUGCCAAUCUCCUCAGGGCCACGGGCAUGCGGCGUCUCAUCUUCUUCGCCAUCGCCAUUGGGAUGCGGCUGCAUGUGGGCGAGUUGAGUUGCGGGUACUACCCCCGCGCGCUGUUCUUGCCGCAAGAGCUCUCCUUGCGUAACACCCCCACCAGCCCGCAGUCCACUAUCAUUGCUGUUGCUGUCACCAACAGCAGCCAGCGUGGUUGAUGAAACGCCAUUCACCGACACAGACACCGUUUCGAUGCUACCAGCUCCAUUCGGGCCAUCAAUAGUCUCCGUCCCUUCCGUCUUGACCUCGCCUUCCAUGUCGGAAGCUGCAGCCUCUCUACUGGCAGCCGAAAUAGAUUUGAUCCAUGAGAUUGGAGUGAGCAGAGCACCCCCCAAGCUUUCGUCGCUGCCGAGGUUGGGCUGGACUUGUGUUGUAUUACCCCAGGAUACUGAUUCCGGGUCGGGACCGCUGGAUAUUCCAUUGGUAAGGAUCUUGGCGCCAUUGGCAUUGGGAACUGGUGUUGGUAGGGGGUAUAAAUGCGCGCCGGAUGUGACGUGAACGACGCGAUCGAACGCGUGCAGAUAUGCAGGAAGGCUCCGAUAAUGGAGUUUUGGUUGUAAGAUGAGCUCCGACAGCCGCUGGAUCGUAUGGGGAGGAUAUGACGUAAAGUGAGUGUUGAGUGUCGCAACUAUAGAACUGAGUAGGGAGUCGAGUUGAGGAUGGAGGGAGCCAGGCGCAUUGGUUGAGGUGUUGGAGGUGCUGGUAUUCUGCGUGGGCGUUGGGGUGAUGUACUCCUUGUCUGCCGACUGAGCCAAGUCUGCCACACUCUGACUCGAGUUAUCGGCUGAUGGCGACGGCGCUGUUUUUUGUGACUGUAUGGUAUUGGGGGAGGCUGUAACACUCGAUGGCGAGCGAGGCGCUGAGGGGACUGGGAACUCGUUUGGAAUGACCUGCAACGGUAGAGCAUCAGCCAAUGAAGACUUCAAGUAUGCCGCGACAUCAUAUAAUACAGGACACGCAUUGUACAUACCUUCUCUACCCUAUAUAUGAGGCGGGAAACCAGAGCUGGCCACACGGCACUGAGGGCGACGUUAGGAACGCGACCAGUAAAGUGGCGAGGCAGAGGCCGAGGCACGCUUACUAGUCUAUCUGUGCGCCGGACGA